UAUUCAAUACUUAUUAUAAUUGCAACCUUCCUUCCUAUGAGUUGUAUCGUUGGUUGAGACUUUGAUUGAGGAGAGAGAGAAAAAGAAAAAAUAUAAUACAAAUCAAAUGUGUGACUUUUUUUUGUUUUUAAUUCUAUUUUAUUAUUCUUAUACAGUAUUCCUUGCUGUUGAAUGAAUCAUGAUUAAUAUGUGAUAUAUUUUGUUUGAACUUUUUUUAUUUUAUUAUAUAAAAUAUAUAGUUUUGUUUUGGGGAGGGAAGAAAUUGCUGGUGAUGGGCCAUGGCAAUCCACAUUUCACACCCACCUUUUAUUCUCUCUCUCUCUCUCUUACCUUGUGACCCUCUCUUAUUGCUUCCUCUGCACUCCUAUUUACUACAUCAAUUGCCAUUGGGACCAACCCUUUUCUCCUAAGUCUCUCAACUUUCAUUUUGUAAACUUUGUCUCUGCCUUCACCCUCUUUGGAGCCAGCCUCCUCUUUGUUAUGCCUUUCUCUGGUAUGGUUAUGCUAAGUUGGAUAAAGACAUUUGCAAUCAGAAAUGGGUUCUGGAAACUUGUUUAGAACAAUAUUUAGAUUAAAGAAAUCUAAAGUUGGUUCAAAACCAGUGAAGGAGUCCACAAAACCAAAUGGCAUAAAAGUGAAGAAUAAAUCACAUAAGGGACUCAGUCGUUUCAUGAAUGGAUCCCAUAACAUGCCAAUUGAGGAUGUAGCUGCAACUCGGAUACAAACUGCAUUUCGUGCAUACAAGGCUAGAAAAGCUUUACGCCGUUUAAAAGGGGCAGUAAGAUUACAGACACUUGCCCAAGGCUAUCCUAUUAAAAAGCAAUCCACUACUACUUUGAGUCUUAUACAUUCAUGGUGCAAUAUACAAACCCAGAUUAAAGCUCGUCGACUUUGUAUGGUAACGGAAGGGCGGGUAAAACAGAAGAAACUAAUGAAUCAACAAAAACUUGAGGCAAAGCUUCACGACAUAGAGGUGGAAUGGUGUGGUGGCUCUGAAACAAUGGAUGAAAUUCUUGGAAGGAUCUACCACAGAGAAGAAGCAGCAGUUAAACGAGAGCGAGCCAUGGCAUAUGCCUUUUCCCAUCAAUGGAGAGCCAACUGCAGUCAAAGCCAAGGGUUGGGCAAUGAUGAACUUGGAAAAGCUAACUGGGGUUGGAGUUGGAAAGAACGAUGGAUUGCUGCUCGUCCAUGGGAAAGCCGAGUUGCACCUCAAUUCAUCAGCCCAAAGAAAAUUCAGAGCAAGCAGGCCAACAAGAUUAGCAAAACGCCAAAAACUCCAAUAUCAGUUAAGACCUCUUCACCAAAUGGGAAAUUAAGCACCAAAGCUCGGAGGUUAUCUUUCCCAUCUUCUGAGAAACUUUUUGAAAAUGGAGAAAGCAAUAAAGUGGAAGAGACAAAUAUAAAGAAAGAAGAGUUGGUAUCCUAGCAAACCGAAAUAUGGUUUUUAUAUUGUAUCACUGAAAUUGCAGGAAGUAAGAGAAGAUCCAUUUUUUUAUUCCCAUUAAUGUAUUUCUAUUUUCUGUACAUGGAGUGGUGUGACAGUCAUAUGCUGUGGCUUGAUAAGAACAAAAUGAAGAAAAGACCUGGAUUUGGGAUGGACCUGGUCAUUUUUCUAUUUUUACUUUGUAUACCUACAAAACAAUAUGGUAUUUGUAAUGUAAAUAGAAAAUCUAUUUGUUAAGAGUGGCAGAUAUUUUGUUCUUUCUUUUCA